AUGUCAUUCGUGGCAAAAGUCUUUGGAAAGUAUGGGAGCAACGAAAACCCAACGUCUGUGCCUCCAACCUCGCCUUCUCUCGUAUACGAUGCCCAACCCGAGAAGAAAACGGAACUUUCCCGUCCUACAUCUCCUGUUGGCUCAGGCAAGUUCGAGGGAUUCGAAGGAGGCGCUGCUGAGAAAAAUAGCAUCGAAGUUGGCGACUUGACCUUGGAUGAGGACGCCGCCGGAGGCAUGGGCCGUCACCUCGGUGUCUUCAGUUGCACCCUCCUAAUCGUCGGUCGUGUCAUUGGUACAGGGAUUUUCUCGACGCCGUCCUCCAUCCUGGGCUCCGUCGGGUCCGUUGGCGCUUCACUAUGUCUGUGGGCCCUUGGCUUCAUCAUCUCGUUCUUCGGCCUCUUCAUCUGGCUCGAGCUCGGUACGAUGUUCCCGCGCAGCGGUGGAGAGAAGAAUUACCUCGAGGCCGCAUUCCCGCGCCCGAAGCACCUCAUGACUAUGGUGUUCGCCACCCAGGUCAUCCUGCUUGGUUUCAGUGCUUCGAACAGCAUCGUCUUCGCUGAGAACAUUCUUGUUGCUGCAGGUCAUGAAGCCGGGCGUUGGACCUCACGAGGGAUCGGCCUAGGCGUGAUUGCCUUUGCCGCCUUUAGCCACGGUAUUGUGCCUCGUUUUGGAUUGCUCGUCAUGAACGCCCUCGGUGUUGUCAAAAUUGUUAUCUUGGUUUUCGUCGCUGUCAGCGGCUGGGCCGUCCUCGCCGGGCACACGAAGGUCACGGACCCUCACAUCAAUUUCCGAAACGCCUUCGCAGGUAGUUCUCAUAGUAGCAACGAUUACGCCACUGCGCUCUUUAAAAUUCUCUUCGCCUAUGCGGGCUGGACGAACCUCAACUACGUCCUGAAUAACGUCAAGAACCCGAUCCGUACGCUCAAGAUUGCAGGUCCGCUUGGCCUCGGCAUCUGUGCCUUCUUCUACCUUUUUGCGAACAUCGCCUAUUUCGGUGCCGCGAGCAAGGAGGAAAUCCUUAACAGCGGUGUCACCGUCGCGUCGCUCUUCUUCGGUAAGGUCUUCGGCCCUCAGGCACAGAAGGCCCUCACCGUCUUCGUCGCGCUCAGCGCUCUCGGCAACGUGCUGUCGGUUACAUUCUCGUGUUGCCGUAUCAACCAAGAGCUGGCGAAGGAGGGUCUCGCCCUCCCGUUCGGUAACCGCUUCUGGGCGUCGAACUGGCCGACGAAGAAGUCACCCUUCCCGGGUCUCAUUCUCCAUCUCAUUCCUUCGGCUGUCAUCAUGAUUGCCCCUCCGCCCAACGUUGCUUACCCCUUCAUCCUGGAUUUAGAGGGCUACCCCAUCCAAAUUAUCAACACCCUGGUCGUCUUCGCGCUAUUCUGGCUGCGCUGGAAGAGGCCCGACGUCACCCGACCUUUCAAAGUCUUUCUGCCUUUCGCAUUUGUCUUCUUAGCUUCCUGCGUCUUCCUGCUUGUUGCGCCUUUCAUCCGCCCCGCCAACGGCGUCGGUGAUACUCCGCCCAUCCCGUACUAUAUGUACGCUGUCACCGGCUGGGCCUUAAUGGCCUUCGCCGUAUGGUACUGGGCUAUGUGGAAGAAGAUCCUUCCGUGGGGUUUCAGGUACAAGCUCGUCCCGGUCAAGGAAACACUGUCAGACGGAACUGUGCUCAUUGUAUACGAACACAAGAAACUAAAUUAG